AUGAAUUUCCUCAGCGGUGGGGGAACCUUGCCCCGAAGAAAUCUGUCGUCCUCACCGGGGUCCAAGGGGCCGGACCAGGCGGAACUAGCCGCUGACAUGGGUAUGUUCAUCGGAGGCCUGAAAGUUCAGAAGCAGACAUUUGCGGAAGCCGUGACCCAGCCUGGUAUAACGUUUGUUGCGGCCAAGUUUGACGGUAUCCUGGGGAUGGGGUAUGACACCAUCUCAGUGGACGGUGUCGUGCCACCCUUCUACAACAUGGUCCAACAGAAACUGGUUGACAAACCAGUCUUCUCUUUCUACCUGAACAGGGACGCCUCAGGUGCUACAGGUGGUGAGCUGUUGUUGGGUGGGACUGACCCAAAGUACUACAGCGGAGACUUCACCUUCGUGGACGUCACCAAGCCUGGCUACUGGCAGUUCAAGAUGGACGGGAUCAUGAUCAGUGGGAAGGCGUCUGACUUCUGUAAGGGAGGCUGUGCUGCCAUCGCCGACACAGGGACCUCUCUCAUCGCUGGGCCCACGUCCGAGGUGGCGGCUCUCAACAAACAAAUCGGAGCCACCCCCAUCCCUGGUGGAGAGUACAUGGUGGACUGCAGUCAGGUCUCGUCUCUCCCUCCCAUUUCCUUCAUGCUGGCUGGGAAGGCCUUUGAACUGCAAGGCAAGGACUACGUUCUACAGGUGACCACCAUGGGACAGACCGUCUGUGUCAGCGGGUUUCUGGGCAUCGACGUGCCGGCCGGGCCCCUGUGGAUUCUGGGAGACGUGUUCAUUGGGCCUUACUACACGUGCGUGGGCACCAAGACAGGUGCAGGAUAG